CGCGAAUGGCACCUGACCGACUUCGAUAUCGGCCGGCCACUAGGCAAGGGCAAGUUUGGGCGCGUGUACAUGGUCCGCACCAAGUGCGAGCCUCAUUACAUCCUCGCGCUUAAGUGCUUGUACAAGUCCGAAAUCGUUCAGUCCCGCGUCGAGAAGCAGAUUCGGCGCGAGAUUGAGAUCCAACAGAACCUGCGACAUCCGAACGUCCUGCGCCUGUACGGCUACUUCCACGAUGAGAAGCGAAUCUUCCUCAUGCUCGAGUUUGCUGGCAAGGGCGAGCUCUACAAGCAGCUCACGAAGCACGGAUGCUUCUCCGAGAAGCGGAGCGCACGCUACGUUGAUCAAAUGGCCGACGCGUUAAUGUAUCUCCACUCGAAGCAUGUAAUUCACCGAGAUAUCAAGCCAGAGAACUUGCUCUUGGGGAUCAACGGAGAGCUGAAGAUUGGAGACUUCGGUUGGAGUGUGCAUGCUCCGGGAAACCGUAGAAAGACCCUGUGCGGCACGCUGGAUUAUCUUCCGCCGGAGAUGGUCGAGGGGAAGGAGCACAACGAGAAGGUUGAUUAUUGGGCUCUCGGUGUACUCACAUACGAGUUCAUUGUUGGGGCUCCGCCGUUCGAGGACUUGACUGGACAUAACGCAACGUACAAACGUAUUGCGCGAGUCGACCUAAAGAUUCCUACAAAGGUAUCUCCAGAGGCAAGGGACCUAAUCACUAAGCUCCUCCAAUAUGAUCCAGAGAAACGCCUGCCGCUCAGCGAGGUGCGCAAGCACCCUUGGGUAGUUAUGCAUCGUUCGAAGAGCGGCUCGACCACAGCGCGUGCUUCAUGA